GAUUUGAAAUAGUCAUAAAGAUAUUGAAGCCAUCCAUAGUGAAAGUGAGAAGAAAUACUCUAUUGAAUAAAGCAUUUCAACAACAUAAAUAGGCUUGAAUAUUUCUUUGACAAGACUGAUAAUAAUUGCAUGGAAAGUACCACUUAGCUCCUUUAAUCCUGUCUGCAAAAUCAAUCCUGGCAUCUUGACUCUGGAAUGAACUAAAUCUGAAGUUUCUGCUGGAUCCUGGAUUGUAUACUUGAUUUUAAAAAUAUAAUUGUUCAGUUAUGGGGAUGUUAUUUCUCUUGUCGCUUUGGAGGCUUGAUCUCUAAAUCUACAAAGGAAGAAACCAAAUUGACUAGAGCCCCCAUUCAUUAGCACAAUGGCUACCUUCAUCCCUCCGGAUGUCAACAAUUUUGGCGCCUGGGACUAUGUGGUGUUUGCAGCACUUUUUCUCAUCUCUUCAGGCAUAGGAGUCUUUUUUGCAAUUAAAGAGAGGGGAAAAGCAAGCUCCAGGGACUUUUUAGUUGGUGGCAGGCAGAUGACUUGUGGACCAGUAGCCCUGUCCCUCACUGCUAGUUUCAUGUCAGCAGUGACUGUGCUGGGGACACCAGCUGAGGUGUAUCACCAUGGCUCUGCCUUCAUUCUGUUCUUCAUUGCAUAUAUGUUUGUCAUCAUUUUUACUUCUGAACUUUUCCUACCUGUGUUCUACAGAUCUGGGAUCACAAGCACUUAUGAGUACUUGGAGUUAAGGUUUAACAAGCCUGUUCGCUUAGCUGCAACGCUGAUUUAUAUACUGCAGACGAUUCUUUACACCGGAGUGGUAGUCUAUGCUCCAGCUCUGGCUCUCAAUCAAGUGACUGGAUUUAAUCUUUGGGGCUCAGUAUUUGCAACAGGAAUUGUUUGUACAUUCUACUGUACCCUGGGCGGAUUAAAAGCUGUGGUCUGGACAGAUGCCUUCCAACUGAUUGUUAUGCUGAUUGGAUUCUUAACAGUAUUGAUCCAAGGAACUCUUUGGAAUGGGGGCUUUACAAACAUUUGGGAGAUUGCCCAGAAUGGGUCACGUCUUGCUGUAUUUGACUUUGAUGUCGAUCCCCUGAGAAGACACACAUUUUGGACAAUUGCAGUAGGAGGGACAUUUACCUGGUUAGGAAUCUAUGGAGUUAAUCAGUCCACGAUGCAAAGAUGCAUUUCCUGCAAAACAGAAAAGCAUGCCAAGAUUGCACUUUAUCUUAAUUUACUGGGACUAUGGGUCAUCCUGGCAUGCGCAGUGUUUUGUGGCUUGGUAAUGUAUUCCCAUUUUAGCACCUGUGAUCCUUGGACUGCUGGUUUUAUUUCAGCACCUGAUCAGCUAAUGCCAUAUUUUGUUAUGAUCAUCUUUUCCGUGACCCCUGGACUACCAGGAUUAUUUGUUGCAUGUGCUUUCAGUGGAACAUUAAGCACUGUGGCUGCAAGUAUAAAUGCUCUGGCAACUGUUACAUUUGAAGAUUUUGUCAAGAACUGCUUUCCAAACUUCUCUGAACGUAUGGGCACUUGGGUCAGCAAAGGCUUAUGCAUCGUAUUUGGAGUGCUAUGUACUUCCAUGGCAGUAGCAGCAUCACUCAUGGGUCCCGUUGUGCAGGCCUCGCUAAGCAUUCAUGGGAUGUGUGGAGGACCGAUGCUGGGAUUAUUUACACUGGGAAUUGUUUUUCCUUGUACCAGCUGGAAAGGUGCCUUUGGAGGUCUUCUUACUGGAAUUGCCUUGGCAUUUUGGGUCAGUAUUGGAGCUUUUGUGUACCCUGCUCCAUCUUCAAAGGCCCUUCCAUUAUACCUUUCAACUGCUACGUGCAUUGUGAAUAAUAAUACUGAGACUGUACCCACUAUGAUUCCUACUUCAUCUCCUGUCAGGCCUCAUCUGGCAGAUACCUGGUAUUCUUUGUCCUACCUUUACUACAGUGCUGUUGGAUGUCUUGGAUGCAUUGCUACAGGGCUUCUGAUCAGUUUUGUAACAGGUCCAAAUAAAGGAGAAGAUAUUAAACCACUGUUAAUUCGCCCUGUCUGCAACCUCUUCUGCUUCUGGUCUCAUAAAUGCAAGAGUUUAUGUUGGUGUGGAGUGGAUCACGAUGACAGCAAAGCACUUUACGGAACAGAAAAUGAUCUGCAGAAAGAACUUGAAAAGAAGGCAGAAGCAAAUGAUGCCUUUAAGAAUGGAUUGAAUAAAGAAAUGUUGAGUCACUUACCUGGCUAUAACCCAAGUGAGAAAUCCUACACUAAUACAAGCAUGGAGGUGGAGUCUUACUUUUAGGGCAAAAAACUCAUCCAGCUAACAAUAGUAAUUACAUAGCAUUGUCCCAACUUUAGAAAAACAGGUUAAUGGCAGUACAUUAGCUGAGAAGACAUUUAUUUAUAACUUAGUUGAAGGUUAGAAGGAGCAUUCUUUUUUAUUUAUGGAAGUCCUUUCAUGACAGGGAAAUGGUCAUGAAUAUUCAGAGAGAAAAGAUGAAAGGAUGGGACUUGUGGUAUAUAUGUUGUUGUUAUGUGCCUUCAAAUCGAUUUCGACUUAUGGUGACCCUAUGAAUCAGCAACCUCCAGUAGCAUCUGUUCUAAACCACCCUGCACAGAUCUUGUGAUAUAUAUGUAUGUAUAUGCAUAGGAAAAGUGGAGUUUGCAGUUAAUACUCUAAAAAGAAAGUCGUUCCACUGUCUUGUUCACAGGGCAGGCUGGGCAUUCAUCUCCCAUUGGUCCUAACACGGAAUUCUAAAAUGUCAGCUAUGAUAUAGAUGCAUCUUUCCUUUCCAGAUUACAGUGUCAUUGUACAG